AAACAUGCACUAGCGCGGGCAGUAAGUGGCUCUAACUAAUCUGGUCAUUUGAGGAUCGACUCUCGAGCUUCCUCUAUACUAUCGUCGUGGAAGCAAGGAGUGAAGGGCGAAGCUGUUGGCUCCUCAUCGGAUAGCUCUUCCCCCACUUCUUCACUCUUUGUCCCUCCGUUGAAUUGUUUUCGACAAUGGCUUAUUUCUUCUCCCGGUUUUCCCGUCUGCGCUCUUCGUCGAAGUGUUUCUACGAGAAUCUGAGAACCCUAAAUUUCCAUAACUUCAGGACCCAGAAAAAUGCACACGCUAGAAAUGUUAUGGACUUCGAGAGAGCAAAGAAGCCAUGGAUGACAUGGUCAAGCUCCGUGCUUCCUUUGGCUCUCGCAUUUUCUGCCGGAUCACUUGCUUUAAAACCCCAGUUCAAUCCUUCAUUAUGUGACGCUCCUAAUUCCAAUAGUCGACUGGGGGGGAAAGAUAGCACCCAGUUUGUGGUUAAGGGAUCACAAAAAGAAAUUCCACAGGUUCUUCUCAAGGAGUUGGAAGCCAUCUGUCAGGAUAACAUGACACUUGAUUACGAUGAGAGAUAUAUCCAUGGAAAACCACAGAAUAGCUUUCACAAAGCUGUUAACAUACCUGAUGUAAUUGUUUAUCCGAGAUCUGAAGAGGAAGUCUCCAAAAUUGUUCAAGCAUGUAACAAUUAUAAGGUUCCUAUUGUACCCUAUGGUGGUGCUACAUCGAUCGAGGGUCACACCUUAUCCCCUAAUGGAGGGGUUUGCAUUGACAUGUCAUUAAUGAAAAGAGUGAAAGCAUUACAUGUUGAAGACAUGGAUGUGGUUGUUGAGCCUGGAAUUGGAUGGAUUGAGCUUAAUGAGUACUUAGAACCUUAUGGUCUAUUUUUUCCACUUGAUCCAGGCCCUGGUGCAAGCAUUGGAGGCAUGUGUGCCACCCGCUGUUCUGGUUCAUUGGCUGUCAGGUAUGGAACUAUGCGUGACAAUGUCAUCAGUCUCAAGGUAGUUCUUGCCAAUGGAGAUAUUGUUAAGACAGCCUCUCGUGCAAGGAAGAGUGCAGCUGGGUAUGAUUUGACCCGCCUGAUGAUUGGAAGUGAAGGAACUCUUGGUGUAAUAACAGAAGUAACACUGAGGCUUCAGAAAGUUCCCCAACAUUCAGUGGUUGCAAUGUGCAAUUUUCCUUCUGUAAAGGAUGCAGCAGAUGUUGCUAUUGCCACCAUGAUGUCUGGUAUACAGGUUUCAAGGGUAGAGCUAUUGGAUGAGGUUCAAAUGAAAGCUAUCAAUAUUGCUAAUGGGAAGAAUUUGCCUGAAUCUCCAACAUUAAUGUUUGAAUUUAUAGGGACAGAGGCAUAUGCUCGUGAACAAACGCAAAUUGUUCAGAGAAUUGUUUCUGAACACAGUGGCUCAGAUUUUGUAUUGGCAGAAGAACCUGCAGCUAAAAAAGAACUUUGGAAGAUAAGGAAGGAGGCCCUUUGGGCGUGCUUUGCAUUGAAGCCUGAUUUGGAGGCAAUGAUUUCAGAUGUAUGUGUGCCUCUAUCGCACCUUGCAGAUUUAAUUUCAAGGUCUAAAAAGGAACUGGAUGCUUCUUCACUGGUUUGCACUGUAAUUGCCCAUGCCGGUGAUGGUAAUUUCCACACCGUUAUUCUGUUUGACCCUACCCAAGAAGAGCAACGGCAGGAGGCAGAGAGACUGAACCAAUUUAUGGUUCAUGCUGCCUUGUCAUUGGAAGGAACUUGUACUGGUGAACAUGGAGUUGGCACCGGGAAAAUGAAGUACCUGGAAGAAGAACUAGGAGUGGAAGCAUUGAGGACAAUGAAGAAAAUAAAAACAGUCUUGGAUCCCAACAAUAUUAUGAAUCCUGGAAAGCUGAUUCCUCCCCAUGUUUGUUUGUAAUUGCCCAUGAAAUGCGAGAACCGUGAAGCAUGUUGCUGGUGGUUGUCAUUGCAGUGUCUAACCUUGUUCGGAAUCUGCUUUGUGUUAUCUGAAGAUAGUCACACUGUACCACACAAAUUCAGUGCAUAGAAAUGACUCGGGCCAGUUCAGAUUUUCUGGCCUCUUCCUGCCUAUGAAGUUUGAACCUACAUAAGGCGGCUUUCUUUUUGUUGUCUGUAUAAUAUACUGAUAUAUUCACCCCUUGAUUAUCCAGGCUAGCCUCUUCUCAACUUGAGGUUACUGUUGAUUGGAUGUAGUGUAAAGAUUAUAUAUGUUCACAAGUUCAUUUUUCACUUCAGCAAAAUUGGUGAUGUUUGGAAUGCGGAAAUUUUGAUUUUCCUAACAUCUAAGAAAAUGAGAUGUACAUAAUGUCAUAUAUACUCUUUCCUGUC